AUGCGUUAUAGUCGAUUAUUCCACGGCUUUUGGCCUAUACAAGGCGCACCAAGCUACACACUUCGUGGAUUUUUCUGCUUCCUCCUAUUUUAUAUUUUUUCUGUUUUAUAUAUACGCUCACGAUCCUCCCGUGACCCCGGUUCCUUUUUUUUCAACCCAUCCUCUGCCUACGAUCUUUCAUACUCGGCCGUCAGACUUAAGCAAGCUUCUGAAUUUAUUGACGCCGCGAACAAUGUGACCAUAAAAGCAGAAAUAGCACAUCAACCCAAAUUCUGUCUAGGCAUUGCAACAAUUGCACGAAAAGGCGUCCGUUAUUUUAAACACACAGUGGGUACAGUACUCGAGGGCUUAAGUGAUUUGGAAAGGGAUGAUAUUCAUUUGAUCCUCUUUAUCGCGCAUACCGACCCAUCGCAGCAUCCAGCAUAUUCCGAGCCCUGGCUUUAUCAACUAGCAGAUCAAGUCCUACUAUACAAUGACUCCGAUGUUGAUAUUGACCAUAUCAGAGAAUUAGAAACAGACGAGGCGAAGAUUGCAGCGCGAGAAAAGGCAUUGUUCGACUAUGUAUAUCUGUUAAAGGCCUGUGAAGCAGUUGAAGCGGAAUACACGAUCAUAAUCGAAGACGAUAUUGUCGCUUUAGAUGGAUGGUAUCAUCGUACUCGCGAUGCUUUAAUAUCUGCUGAAAAGCAGACUAAGGAUAUUGGAGCAUCAAAUUGGCUAUACCUUCGUCUUUUCUAUACUGAAGAGUUUCUUGGCUGGAAUUCCGAGAAUUGGCCUUUCUACCUGAUCUAUUCAUCGCUGGCUGUUUGCUUCGUCGCGGGUUUUCUUAUGGGUCUCCGACAUUAUCUACCAUACCUCCGCCCCUACAUCUCGACUGAAAUCGUUAUCCUUUCGAGCUUUCUCUAUACGCCGAUAUUGAUUGCGCUCUUUUUUGCUGCUGGACGAGUGACAAUGUUCCCUAUUCCAGAGGGCGUACACCAAAUGCCUAAAUAUGGAUGCUGUUCACAGGCAUUCGUCUUUCCCCAAUCACGCCUUUAUGAUCUUAUUGAUCUUUACACGACUAAGAAAAUUGGAUAUGUUGAUAUGCUAACGGAGGAAUACGCGAAUACAAAUAAUGAGAUACGCUGGGCGCUGACACCAAGCAUCAUACAGCAUGUUGGACGAAUGAGCUCUAAGGGCCUUAAUCAAGUUGCCGCACCUGUUAAGCCCAAUUCGAAGGCCGAGAUAACUGGCGUGGCAAAGCUAUGGAAUUUCAAGUUCGAGUUAAACGAUGCUGAAGCAUUGCGCUUAGAGCAUGAUGCUGCUAAAGGACGAAAUGAUGUAACUUAA